ACAGUAACGGACCACAUUUAUAAUUAUACAUCAACAGGCCCCAUUUAUACAUAUACAGCAACAGGUCACAUUUAUACAUAUACAGCAACAGGUCACAUUUAUAAAUAUACAGCUACAAAUCCCACUUAUAAUUAUACAGCAAUAGGUCACAUUUAUACAUACACAGCAACAGGCCCCAUUUAUACAUAUACAGCAACAGGCCCCAUUUAUACAUAUACAGCAACAGGUCACAUUUAUACAUAUACAGCAACGGGUCACAUUUAUACAUAUACAGCAACAGGUCACAUUUAUACAUAUACAGCAAUAGGUCACAUUUAUACAUAUACAGCAACAGGUCACAUUUAUAAUUAUACAGCAUUAGGUCACAUUUAUACAUACACAGCAACAGGCCCCAUUUAUACAUAUACAGCAACAGGCCCCAUUUAUACAUAUACAGCAAUAGGUCACAUUUAUACAUAUACAGCAACAGGCCCCAUUUAUACAUAUACAGCAAUAGGUCACAUUUAUACAUAUACAGCAACAGGUCACAUUUAUACAUAUACAGCAACAGGCCCCAUUUAUACAUAUACAUCUACAGUCCCCAUUUAUACAUAUACAGCUACAGUCCCUAAUUAUACAUAUACAGCAACAGGUCACAUUUAUACAUAUACAGCAACAGGCCCCAUUUAUAAACAUACAGCAACAGGUCACAUUUAUAAUUAUACAGCAACAGGUCACAUUUAUAAUUAUGCUUCUCUUGUAGCUACGGGCCUGAUCGGGUCAACUAAUGAAUGGGAAACCCUACCGCACAGCAUAUGA